AAUUAUUAUUUUUUAACUAUAAAACGGCCGGAAGGAGGGGAGAUGGAGGGGAGGCAAGCGUCGCACGCCAAGGCCGGAGAAAAAGAGAGCUCGGCGAUUCGAAUUCCUUGGUGAGCGAUUUGCAGAGGGCUUCGUAUACGAUUGUGCUUACUUGACCCUGGAGUCGCACUAAAGGCAUCUGUUUCUCAUCUCAUCUGAUAUUUUGGUUAUACCUGCGUGCUUGAUGGGCUGCAUCUCUACAAAGCACGCCAAACACACACCUGGAUACGAAGAUCCAAAAGUCCUUUCUACUGAGACAACUUGUGAGUUUAUUCUUGCUAAUGCCAUAUUUUUUACUGUGAGUGAAGUAGAAGCUUUAUAUGAGCUAUAUAAAAAGUUGAGUUUUUCGAUAAUCAAAGAUGGGCUAAUACACAAGGAAGAAUUCCAACUUGCGCUGUUCAGGAAUAGCAAGAAGCAAAAUCUGUUUGCAGACAGGGUAUUUGACUUGUUUGAUGUCAAACGCAAUGGGGUUAUUGAUUUUGGAGAAUUUGUUCGAUCACUUAGCAUUUUCCACCCUGAUGCUCCAGAAGAAGAUAAAAUUGCAUUUGCAUUUAGAUUGUAUGACUUGAGGCAGACAGGAUACAUUGAACGUGAUGAGUUGAAGGAGAUGGUGCUGGCUCUUUUGAAUGAAUCAGAUUUGUUUCUUUCAGAUGAAGUUGUUGAACAAAUUGUUGAUAAGACAUUCAGUGAGGCAGAUUCAAAAGGUGAUGGAAUAAUAGACCUAGAUGAAUGGAAGGAGUUUGUUAAAAAAAAUCCAUCUAUGUUGCGGAACAUGACUCUUCCAUACUUAAAGGACAUAACCUUGGCGUUUCCCAGCUUUGUUAUGAAUUCUGAAGUCAAGAAUGAAGACGUGGCAAUCCAGUAAAGAUGUGCACUGCUGCCAUAUUUGUUCCCUCCAAAAUUGAUGAUGCCCCCUGGCUCCAUCAACAGGUUGAAUGAUGUAUCUCCCACCAGGGUGCGAUGCUCGAUGCUGCUUCUCCCAAAGAUAAUGACGACAACCGAUCUCAACCCCUCCUGCUGCCCUGAGUUGCAAGAUCUAUUGUGCAACCAUAUGGUACAUUGCAGAUCAAGCAUCAAGAUUCAGUUACUCCAGCUGCACAUAGAUACUUUCAGAUAAUAUGCUAGUACCUAUAGCAUCAAUAAGAAGUAUCAAUGUAUAUUUUAACUUCGUGUGCUGUAUACUUUUCAAUUGUGUAAUGGAGUCUAGUCCAGCGAAAUUUACAGGUCCCCUGUGGUAUCAUGGCGGCUUCUCUUUUGGUCUCUCUCUGAAUUCGGGAACAUGAGUGUAAUAUUGUAUUCUACUAGGAGAAGAUGGUUUUCCCUGAAAGAAGAAAAGAAAAUAAAAUAAAAGAGGCAA